CCUCGCAACCUAAUCACAGAAAAACUGAACAGAUGGAGACAGGAGGUGAUGGAGAGGACUGUGGAGGACCAGAACCAGACCGCAACUCGGGUCCAGCCAGUCCUCCAGAUACUGAUAAGAAAACUGGAGACUCUUCUGAGACUGAGGACAGUGGUGAUUGGAAUGAGACCAGAGAACCUCUGUCUGGUGAAGAGUUUGUCAGUGAUUCUAGAUGUAGAACAAGUGAGAAACCUUUGAUCUGUUCUGAAUGUAAGAAAACAUUUGGUUGCAUUCAGAAGCUGAGGAAACACAUGAUGACCCACACAUCAGAGAAACCUUUCAGCUGCUCACAGUGUGGUAAAUGUUUCACCCAAAGGGUAAGUAUAAAUGUACACAUGAGAUGUCACACAGGGGAGAAACCUUUCAGCUGCUCAGAUUGUGGUAAAUGUUUCACUACAAAUGGAGAUCUAAAGAGACACAUGAGAUGUCACACAGGGGAAAAACCUUUCAGCUGCUCAGAUUGUGGUAAAGGUUUCACUACAAAUGGAGAUCUAAAGAGACACAUGAGAUGUCACACAGGGGAAAAACCUUUCAGUUGCUCAGAGUGUGGUAAAUGUUUCCCCGUAAGUGGACGUCUUAAGACACACAUGAUAAUUCACACAGGGGAGAAACCUUUCAGCUGCUCACAGUGUGGUAAAUGUUUCACCCAAAAGAGAAAUCUAAAAAUACACGAGAGAUGUCACACAGGGGAGAAACCUUUCAGCUGCUCACAGUGUGGUAAAUGUUUCACCCAAAGGGGAAGUCUAAAUGUACACAUGCGGGGUCACACAGGAGAGAAACCUUUCAGCUGCUCUCAGUGUGGUAAAUGUUUCACCCGAAGGGGAAAUCUAAAAAUGCACGAGAGAUUGCACAAAGGAGAGAAACCUUUCGGCUGCUCAAAGUGUGGUGAAUGUUUCACCCAAAAGAGAAAUCUGAAAAUACACGAGAGAUUGCACACAGGGGAGAAACCUUUCAGCUGCUCACAGUGUGGGAAAUGUUUCACCCAAAGGGGAAGUCUAAAUGUACACAUGCGAGGUCACACAGGAGAGAAACCUUUCAGCUGCUCUCAGUGUGGUAAAUGUUUCACUAAAAGUGAUAAUCUAAAGAAACACAUGAGAUUGCACACAGGGGAGAAACCUUUCAGCUGCUCACAAUGUGGUAAAUGUUUCACUAAUAGUGGAGUGCUGAACAAACACAUGUGUUGUCAUACAGGGGAGAAACCUUUCAGCUGCUCACAGUGUGGUAAAUGUUUCACCCAAAGGGGAAGUCUAAAUGUACACAUGCGAGGUCACACAGGAGAGAAACCUUUAAGCUGCUCUCACUGUGGUAAAUGUUUCACUAAAAGUGAUAGUCUAAAGAGACACAUGAGAUUGCACACAGGGGAGAAACCUUUCAGCUGCUCACAAUGUGGUAAAUGUUUCACCCAAAGUAAUCAUCUAAAGAUACACAUGAGAUUGCACACAGGGGAGAAACCUUUCAGCUGCUCAGAUUGUGGUAAAUGUUUCGCUAGAAGAAGAGAUGUGAAGAGACACAUGAGAUGUCAUACGCUGUGUAAAUCUAAAAGUACACAUGAAAACUCAGAUGAGAAUCCCCUUUAACAUCUUUCCCUAAUUUACAUUACCGUUUCCCACGUGAGUUUUGAAUAUCCGUCGCAAAGCUAUAAGACACAUAUUUGAAGCUACUCUUCAUGUUCACAAUUACAACCAACUAUCUUAGAAUUCUUCACAGGGAUUUAUUGGGACGACACUCUUGUUUGGUUUUUCCUAUGCUCCCGAGAGUUUUGGGUCAAGGGAUCUCACGUGUGAUAUAAAAAUGAAAUUAAUUGAAAUAUCUUGUGACAGAUGGUUAGAAGUUCAGACAAUUAACAGAGAUAAGCUACGCCCCUUCCAGGCGCACAUAAAGUGGGACAUGAAUGAAACGAAACAACUAGUUGUGUGAGUAAACAGUGGCGAAAAUCCCCUUGGCAUUUUAAGUGUGAACGUAGCAUAAAGCUCUCCACCAAAGCAUUGAAGGCAUCAAAAUUUAAGCGGAUGCCGUCAUCUCACUGACUUGCAACUCUAAAUCUUACUUAAAAGCCAGCUGUCUUUUUCUGUUCCAUGAAGUGUUAGUGUUUUUUUUGCAGGUUUACAUACAGAUAAUAAAUAAAUGUCCAUGUGAUGAUCACUGAAUCAGGUUUUUGCUUUUUUUAUUUUAUUUAGUCAUUAAAUGAAAAUCCAACCUAUAAUUAUAUCAAUUAGUUAAUAUAAAAUAGUGUUGAUAUUUGAACGGGCGCCUGGGCAUAUUUGUUCAUUUGGGCCCUGAGGUCAAAAAGGUUAAGAACCCCUUAUCUAAGGCAUGUUUCCCACUGUUAACAUUGUAACAUUACCCAACCUUAUAUUGUCCUGUCCAAUGUUGAAAUACAAGUUUGACUGGUUUUUAUGUUCCAAUUGUGUUACUGCAAGCUGUCAUAUUAUCAAUGUAUUAAUGCUAGGGCCGGGACUCGAUUAAAAAUAUUAGGCUUUGUAAUUAAUUAAUAGAAAUUAUUCGCAUUUUAAUUGCAUAAAUAUUUGACCUGAGAACAGUGAGAAGUAAUUUUUUUCACAUGGAUUUUUAUUUUUGUUCGACCAAUUCCAGCAGACAAGUGUAGAAAUAGCAUAUUUAGAAAUAUAGUACUUUCAGAAAUUCAGGUAGCUUAUAGGUAAGUAGACCUUCUGUAAACUAUGUUUUUUUUAAGUAGACAAAUACUUUCAAGUACAUUCAGAACAUUGGUUAUUUUUUCAGACGUGGACUUAGUUACCCUGGUCCUUAAACCAGUCAUCUGGUGCAGUGUGGAUUGGGUGUGGGUCCUUGUACGUCCACUCUAGCUGCUAAUUGUUUUGCGUUGAGGUGAUACUUGAGGCUCGAUGCGAAUUCCUUGUUGCACAGCUUGCACACAAUCAUGCUCUUAUCGACGCUUCCAUCCGUGUGUUUAUUAUAAUAAAAUGUCCCAUUCACGGGGCCACCCGACACGGUCUCGUCAGCUUCUUCGUUCAUGUUCACUGUGGCUGAAGUCAUGAACACUAGUUGGUGCUCCAGUAUAAUUGGUCCUCCGAAACUCAUCCAGUGAGAAACGUUCCGCGGUGCAAAAAAUAAGUGUAAAAUGCGUAAAAAAUGUCUAAUGUGUUAUUUUUUGUGUAAUUAAUUAAUCUUGAUUCACAUUGUAAUAAUUAAUCGUAAUUAACGUGCUAAAGUCCCGGCCCUAAUUAAUGCAUACAUUUCCGUGAACUAAAUUCUGUUUUGCAUUUUUAAUGUGCAGAAAAAUACCAGAAGGCUCUUUAAUGUUUUUCAUGCAUUGAGGUCUUACUCUUGUUUAUAUUGUUUUAACGUUUUUUUAGGAAACUUUUUUUAGUCUUUAGUUUUCCUAGUCAAUCCUCAUAUUGAGCUGCUUACAUGUUUAUAUAUCGAACUAAUACAUCUUUGUGUGUUGAGAAACAAAAAGUAGAAAACAUUGCUGAGCAAGCACAGGUGCAAAAAAGUUAUGAAGGCAAUGAAUGGAUUU